GGGGCUUCAACAUAAACAGCAAUGGCGGAGGCAGCGGCAGCGUCAACAGCGGCUCCAGCAGUUAUCGGAGGCUGGACGAAGCACGUACCCUGCAGGUAUUUCAUGCACGGGCUUUGCAAAGAGGGCGACAACUGUCGAUAUUUACAUGACCUCAGCAGCUGCAAGCCAACCAUGAUCUGCAAGUUCUUUCAAAAGGGAUGCUGUGCUUUUGGGGACCGUUGCAGGUACGAACAUACUAAACCUGCCAAGCAAGACGAAGUCCCUAGUUCUAAGCCGCCGGUGCCGCUGACCGCUGCUCCCCUUGCUGGCACUCCUGAACCCGUGUCUGAUGGGCCAGGUGGUACGACCGAUGCCCAGGAGAAGCCCCAAGGCUUGGGGGCAGUGGACUGGGUCAAUGCUGCCGAGUUCGUGCCAGGGCAGCCCUACUGUGGGAGGGGUGAGUGUAGCAGGGAAAGAUGUUCCGUUGUCAUUGCCAAGACAAUCUGUGAAAACACGGUGCCAGCAGAUAAGCCAAGCAUUCGGUGUACAAUAUGA